AUGUGUGAGUUGCGUGGAGUUGGCCUUCGAGGAACCGAGGGUUUAUUUGAAACAUCGCAGGUGUACGAGCCGCUAGUCUUAACAGAGGUAUCGAGAGGCAAGACAACAUUUUCAAGUCAAACUUAUGCAAGUAAAUUCCAUUCAUCCAAGGCUGUUGAUGACGACGACAACACAUUUUUUAGCAACGCCAAUAACAUACCCCAACCCUUUUGGAUGAUAGAUCUUGAAGGUCAGCACAAGAUUCACACGGUGGAAAUCCUGCCGAUGUAUCAUGCGACAGGGAGGUUCAACGACAUCGGGAUCUUCGUUGGUACAAAUCUCCCAGAAGACGACAUCUACACCGCAUGGGUUAUGCUGGGGCAUUACCAAGGACCUUACAAACAAGAGGAAGGCCGCAUUAGGUUCACCUGCAGGAGUCUGAUCUCAGGCCGUUAUGUGGCUGUUCAGAGAGUGUCCAUCACGUCUCAAAAGUUGGAGCUCGCCGAUGUCAAGGUGUAUGUCAUGGGACCUUGA